GAACAAAUGCUGCUGCCAAUUUGCAAUCACAUGCGUCGGCCCGUGGACCCCGCCGAGCGCAAGCGCCGGAAGCGCAUCUACAACCGCCAGAAGCAGCAGAUCUACCGCCAGAACACGCUCGACGAGAUCCGCGCGCUGCAGGCGCUCGUGCCCGAGCUCGAGACGCAGCUCCACGCACUGCUUCAGCAGCGCCCACCCUCGACCUGCUUACCGUGGCGCGACGUGGCCUUAGCACUGCACGACGGCACGGAAACUAGCCACGCCGACAAUGCAGAGCUUAUAGUCAAGAAGUCGACCAACCGUGCGCUUCUGAGCGCAAUGGUCACGUGGGUCGCGACGCAGCGCGGCCUUGCGGCGAUACCACAAUGUUCGACGCCGUCGUGGCGCCAUGUGACGCUUCUCGCAGCGCUAGACGCACGGAAACUGGGCGUCGACUGGAUCACGCAGCACGUCUUACACAACACAGACCGGAUCCUCGCCCAGUACAGGCUGCCCGACAGCGCCGACGUCCCUGGCGCACUCCACCUCGAAGGCAUACAAAACGAGUGCAUGCAGUACACGAUCGUGGACCAGAAGACGUACACGGCGUCGCUCACGGCGCACGCGGCGUUUGUCCGCGCCAAGCUCUCGGGCUGGCUGCACGGCAACCUUGUGGGCCAUCGCGAUGCCCUCGACCUCCUCGACGCCACACUCGUCCACGAUGUUGACCCGCGGCUGCUCUACAUCCACAGCCAGAGCGUUGCGCAGGGCUCGAGCUACUAUAUGCUCUUCCGCGAGUGCCAUGUAUCGGAGUCGCGCGUCGUCUUUGUCGGGCAAAACAUCCACGACGACGAAGCGCUGCCGAUGCAAGCGCUCACUUGCAAUCGCACGUUUUGGGUGGUGCUGGACCGACGCGACGACGGCCGCGUCACACAGCGCAUGGUGCUGCAGCGGUCACAACACUUUACAAAAAAUGGGUUUGUGUCGCUCGACGAAGAGGCGCAACUGUGGGGCUGCGACCUUCGCAGCUGUACGACCGACGACCAGAAAGCAGCGCGCUUCCAGAGGGAUCUCACAGCGCUCCAGACGAAAAUGCACCGAUCGGCGUGGGGCCACCCCGUGCAGUUGAUAGCGUCGCCCUAAUGCAAUCUCGAUGUGUUGUUGACUAUGAGAACGUGGCUUCCGGGGCUCCUGAAUACCUUCUUCUGUC